AUGAAAGCCGCCCCCAUCAUUGUCAACUGGCAUGCCGAGAAUGCGCCAAUCUAUUCGGCAGAUUUCCAGCCUCACGGGAAAGGUCGAUUGGCAACGGGCGGUGGUGAUAACAAUGUUCGGCUAUGGAGAAUAGAUGCGGAGGGAGAAGAUAGGAAGGUCGAAUACCUGUGUACCAUGGUCCGCCAUACCCAAACUGUUAACGUGGUGCGGUGGGCUCCCCGAGGCAAGUCGCGAGAUGUAUUAGCCUCCGCCGGCGACGAUGGCAACGUGAUUACAUGGGUUCUCGACUCCCAAAAUUCCAAACCUACCUUUGGAGACGAUGGCAUCGAAGACAAAGAAUCAUGGCGGACAAGGCACAUGUGCCGUUCAACAGGCGCCGAGAUAUACGACCUAGCCUGGUCUCCUGAUGGCGUUUAUUUUAUAACAGGGAGUAUGGACAAUGUUGCUAGAAUCUACAACGCCCAGACUGGUCAACUCAUACGGCAAAUUGCGGAACAUCAACAUUAUGUCCAAGGAGUUGCAUGGGACCCUCUAAACGAAUACAUUGCAACACAAUCCUCCGAUCGCUCCGUCCAUAUUUAUACCCUCAGAACCAAGGAUGGGAGUUAUGUCCUCGAUAACCGCGAUGACAUACCUAAGAAGAUUGGGAACAACAUAAAAAUGGACUUGCCGGGGCGAAGGAUCUCCUCAAACAGCCCAGCUCCCCCUGAUAUGAGCUUUCGAGGUUCUCAGAUGUCUCGAGAGGAAUCGAGCAAUGGAGUAGGAUCACCAGUGCCCUCCUGUCCCGGCACGCCUACAUCCUUAGCCUUGCCAAUGAACCCCCCGAGUACGAUAAGCCAUAGUAGGCGGUCUUCGUUCGGAGCCCCGUCCCCAGCCAUGUCAAUGCGACGAUCCGCGUCCCCAGCACCAUCCCUACCAUUGCCUGCCGUAAUGCCAAUGGAAGCUUCACCAAAACCAUACCAUGGAUUCGGUGUCAAGAAUGCCAACUUAUACGCCAACGAUACCCUUAAAUCAUUCUUCCGCCGAUUGACGUUCACACCAGACGGUAGCCUUCUUUUCACUCCCGCGGGACAAUAUCAGACGCAGCAUAAGGGGUUAGAUGAAGUAGCGAAGGCGGUGUACGAGGUAGUCAAUACGGUAUACAUUUACACGCGAGGGGGGAUCAACAAGCCCCCAAUAGCCCACCUCCCAGGCCAUAAAAAGCCUUCGGUAGUGGUGAAAUGUUCCCCCAUAUUUUACGCGCAGCGAAAGGCACCUCCGCAAACCAAGCAUAUCACCAUUGACACCUCGUCAACAGAAGAUGCCAUGGCUGCUCUCCCUGAACCGGCUAUUCCAAAAUCGCCGGCGGCUUCCUUCAUGGAACCUCCACCACUUGUACCUCAAAUGAGUGAUUCCUCCUGCCGAACUUCAUCGCCCAAGCUGAGGACUUCGGAAGUCGAGAUGAAUGCUUCUACACAGGGCCCGGCCAUGGCAUUCUCUCUACCAUACCGUAUGAUAUACGCCGUUGCUACAGAAGAUUCUGUCUUAAUGUACGAUACACAACAACAAACUCCGCUAUGCAUCGUCAGCAAUCUUCACUGUGCCACGUUCACGGACUUGACUUGGUCUAAUGACGGGUUAACUUUAUUAAUGACCUCGUCAGAUGGUUUUUGCUCCACCCUCACAUUCACCUCCGGAGAGCUUGGACAGCCAUACACUGGUGAAGUACCAACCGCAAAGCAUCCGAUAAUCAGCAACACCGCAGUAUCAUCGUCACAAAACACACCAAUGGCAACCCCUACCUCUAUAGCUCCACCAUCCCCUUUCCCAGCCUCCGGCCAUCACCAUCGAACUUCCUCCAACCUCUCCGUUGCCCCAUCGCCACCACCCGCACACUCCAAUCCGUCGGUACGACCGUCAUCCCCUACACGGUCAAAUUCCACAUCAUCGAUAGCAACGCAAGCUUCAUAUGCUACCCCAAUUGUGGGUACAGUCAUAAGUAACCCUACAUUAGUAGGGGGGAGUUUGCCUAGUAUUGCCGCGGGGAACUUGAGUUUUACUGGGAUGCCGAUGACGACACCGCCACAAACACCAAGAAGCACUACGAGCUCGGUCAGCGGUAUUAAACGGGAAGCUAGUGAAAACGAUAGGGAGGAUGUUGGGGGCGAGAAAAAAAAGCGAAGGAUUGCGCCGACUCCAGUUGGAGAGAAUGGGGAGACUAGGUCGAAUCCAUAG